GGUAUAUAAGCAGCGGUUCCCGCUUGCUGCUUACUUGACUGCGUGCAGACGCAGUGUAAUUCAUUUGCAGUCGCGUCGACGUGCACGAUGCAGAACGUCAAGUGUGUUGUGGUGGGCGAUGGAGCCGUCGGCAAGUCUUGCCUCCUCAUUUCCUACACGACCAACGCUUUUCCCGGCGAGUACGUACCGACCGUGUUCGACAACUACUCGGCUAACGUCAUGAUCGAUGGCAAACCGAUUAGCAUCGGAUUCUGGGACACAGCCGGUCAGGAGGACUACGACAGGCUGAGACCAUUAUCGUAUCCUCAAACGGACGUCUUCCUUCUCUGUUUCUCGGUCGUGAGCCCUACGUCGCUUGAAAAUUGUCGAAGCAAGUGGAUGCCAGAGUUGAGGCAUUUUUGCCCAAACACUCCUGUUUUGCUGGUUUGCAACAAAAUCGAUCUGAAAUCGGGAAGUCACUGUCGAAGCGACAAGAAAAUCGUGUCAACAGAAGAAGGUUAUAAGGUGGCAAAAGAGCUGGGCUGUGUUGGUUACUACGAAAAUAGUGCUUUGACUCAACAAGGUCUCAAAGCUGUGUUUGACAAUGCAAUACGGUCGGCUCUUAGUGCCAGCUCGUCUGGACCUGAUCGACAUGCCUGGCUACCAUGGAAGAGAGGGAAGAAGAAGGGCAGUCCGGUGCCACUCCCGCCUGCUCUUCCUCCCAGUGUUGAUGCUCCUUGGGUUAAUAUCGAGACAUCUACAUAUGCUAGUGAUUGGAAAGCGAUGAUUAAUAACCCAACGGCUGCUGACGUCGAGUUUAGAGUAGAGAGGAGUGUUUUUUAUGCUCACAAGGUUGUUCUCUGUGCUGCAUCACAACUGUUCAGAAAUAUCUUUCAUAUUCGUUCGGAUGGAGCGGUUGAUGUGUCUUCGGCUGGUGGUCAGGCGGCAAAGACGAAGUACAAAGCAAACAGGCCAAUCAGUCAGGCCGAUGUCGACGGUGGCAAGGUACCAGGAUUUAAAUACAUUCAACAACGUAAUGACGAUGGGAGAACAAUUUCAGAGAUUUUUUUGUCUGACGACGUCCAAGCUGCAUCUUUCAAAAAGGUUGUUGAAUUUGUUUACACUGGCGUCCCAUUACUUGAAGACGAGGACGAGGAGGUGGUUAUCAGCGUUCAACAACUGGGAGACACACUCGACAUGCCAGAACUCGUACAGAUAUGUCGUAAUGUCAGAAACAGCGAAGAGUUUUUGAAUCCGAGCAUUGGUACGUGGAUGAACGACCGAUGCGGUGCCGCACUGAAGCAAAUGUUUCUCAACAAACAACUAUUGGCAGACGUGUCGUUCCUCAUAGAGGGACAAGUGAUUCCUGCUCACUCGGCCAUCCUAACUGCACGAUGUGACGUCAUGGCGGCUAUGUUAGGUGGCAGCUUUUCUGAGAGUGACAGCAAACAGGUCAGGAUUGAGGAUACUUCGGUUGAGUGUUUUCUCGCUCUAUUAGAGUACAUCUACUCGGACCACGCCCCUAUUGAGGACACAGACUCGGUCGGUCUGAUGAUAUUAGCCAAUCGAUUCUGUCUGUCUCGUCUCGUGACUCUCUGUGAGUUGUAUAUUACCAAAGAGGUGGAACGAUGUACAGCAGAGUGUAUAGCCAGAUCGGACAUCGACGUCGUCGGUUUACUGUUGACAUCUCAAAUGCACAAUUCGCGUCAACUGAGUGAGUGGUGUUUGCACUUUAUUUCUACCAAUUUUACUGCAUUCUUCAAGCGUUCGGAUUUCAAGUUGCUGCAAGAUGAGAAUCUACGAUACGUUAGAGAGCAUCAGUGGCCUCCCGUCUCUUACCUGCAAGAGCUCGAACAGUAUGAGAAAACGAUUACUGAGACUCAGAAGAAGGAGGGCAAGUGUUGUAUAAUGUAAAGACUCGAUGUUGGCGUUUGGAAUAAUUUUCUAAAUUUAUUGCAAUUGGGAUGUCGAGAUCGGGAAGACUUUACAAGCUCGAUAUACUCUUAACUGUAGUUGCUGUACAUGUGUAAUAGAUAUUAAAGUGAUGGAGUUGCAGUGAAAUUAUUGUUAUAAUUGAAUCCAAUCUAUUAAGUCUCAUUACAGUGUAACUACA